AGUCUAUUCGGUUGCUAGGUGUUUUUUAGCGUCCUGUCUGUGUACUGUUGCUAGCUAAUGGCUAUCUAACCAAUAUAAGUUGCAAAUGAAGACCACAAAUCCUCACAAAAAUGGACGGUUCUACGCGUGAGCGCCUCGGAAGAGUCAAUGAGAUGUAUUCACCAAGUACCUGAUAUACGAACGAGUUGCUCAAACCAUUGUGCUGUCCAAUUCAAACAGACCGCAAAAUACUAACUCGGAGCGAAAACGUUAUUGAAUGAAAGUGGGACUCUUUGCUGCCGGAUAUUUUAAAGCUUUUCGGUACUCACACGAGUUCCAAGGAAGCAGCCAAUAUGGGGGACAUCUCGGCAAAUGAAACCGAUCUUCUUGGGAUGAUUAAGGAGUACCUCAAAUUUGAAGAAUUUGAAGAAACUCUUCACAGUUUUGAGAAUGAGUGCAAAAGCAAAGGCAAACUCCUCUCAAAGCCUCGAGGGAAUACUCUCAAAGACUCAAAGACACGUGUCAUUCAGAAAGACCUUCUCAGCUCAUUUGAUGAUGGAGACCACAGGGUGUUCUUUGAACUGUGGACAGAGAAUAUUCCCCACAGAGUUAAAGACACUGAUGCUGAGGCCCAGGGACUGGAGUUCUACCUUUACAUCCACUUUACAAUCUACCCACUGAGGAGGCACCCUGUAGGACAUGACCGUGCUGAGUUUGAAGAGAGGGUUUCCUUCUUCAGGCAGUACCUGGAAACUCGAGGAGAAGCUCUGAGCCAGACCACAGAGUUUCUGCCUUACUAUGCUUUGCCUUUUGUUCCCAACCCCACUGUCCACCCUUCUUUCAAACAACUGUUCCAGGAUUCCUGGAUGCCAAAAUUGAGAGAUAAGCUGGAGCAGUUCCUGUCAGUGAUACUUAAGCCAUCUAACAGCCCAAGGCUGAUGACUUUAUAUAAGGAGAGUGGAAGGAGUACUAAAGAGGCCACGCAGCAGUUACAGCUCCAGCUGGCUGAAUCAGAUCGCCGCAUCACCAGCUACGUACGGAAGUUCAACAAGAUGCAAGCUGACUACCAUAACCUGAUUGGAAUCACUGCUGAGUUGGUCGACUCAUUGGAGGCCACAGUCAGCGGAAAGAUGAUCUCCCCCGAGUACCUGCAGAAUGUGUGUGUUCGCCUGUUCAGCAGCCAGAUGAGACAGAGUGUGAUGCAGAGCACAGACUUCACCAGGCCAGGCACUGGAUAUUACUCUAUGAGUCCCUAUGAUGAUGGCUAUGCUUCCUCUAUGCUACGAGCGUCCAUUGCACCACAGAGACCAAAGGAUGUGCCAAUGUUGCCCUCGUUAGACUAUGAGAAGCUUAAGAAAGACCUCAUCGAAGGCUCAGAGAGACUUCAGUCUCUGCUACUUCAGGCACUGCGCUGGAGACUCACCCGCUCACUCCCUGGUGAACAGAGAGAUACUGUGCUUCAGGCUUACAUCAGCAAUGAUCUUCUGGAGUGCUACAGUACUAAAGAGAAAACUGUGCUUCAUUUAAUGAGAUCAACAAACGAGAUUGUCCGUCAAUACAUGGCUCGUCUCAUCAAUGCAUUUGCUUCCCUUGCAGAGGGUCGUGUUUACCUUUCCCAAAUCCCCAUUCUUCUGAAACAUCUGACAGAAACACUCAGAAAGGAAGAAAAAGAAUCUCUUACUCGGGAAAAUGUCCUUGUGGCUCUGCAGAAACUCAGCCUCAGGAGGAGUCAGCAGACAGCCAUGAUUGCAGAUGAUCUGAUUGGUUGGCUAGUGGAUGAGCUCCAGGACUCAGACUGCCUCAGUGACUACAACCUGGAGUAUUCUGCAGCUUUGCUUAUGAACCUGUGUUUGCGAACAAAGGGAAAAAGGAAGUGUGCAGAAAACGCCAAGCAUGUGCUAAAAGUUUUGACUGACCUCCUUGGACAUGAGAACCACGAGAUUUGGCCAUAUGUGAAUGGAGCUCUUUACAGCAUCCUGUGCAUUCCCUCUGUGCGACAGGAAGCCAGAGAGAUGAGCGUUGAAGAGAUUCUCCGCUGCUACAUCAAAGAGGAGAACCCAAACCUUAACAGACAGAUUGAAUUCAUCAUUAAACAGCUAAACUCAGCCGAAGAGGAAGGAUCAGAGUCUGAUGAUGAGGAGGAAGAGGAUGACAAUGACGAAGAUUUAAUGGAGAUCGACAUUGAUAAAGAGGAAGUUCUUCAGCCACAGCACAGGGAACUGUCUGGGGAAAGCCUGCUCACCACUGAGUACCUGGGAAUCAUGACCAACAUGACAAAAGUGAAAAGGAAGCCAACCCCUCUACCACAGCCAGCUGCUGAUGAGCCGCUACAGCGGCCAGUCACCCCUAGUUCUCAUCGUAAUAUCGGCGUGGGUGAUUAUCGACCCGCCAGUCGGGGAGGUGAGACCAGCAGAGACACAGAAUACAGACAGAAGAGCGGGGAAGGAAGCCUGCCACACUCUCGAUACAACUCACGGCCUCCUACACGCUCCGGCAGUCGGCCGAGCACCGCAGACUCCCUACGCCAAAGCAUCGACUCAGAGUGUGGGCGGUUGUCCCAGGAGUCAGAAUUGGACAGGCAGUAUGAAGGUAGAGCCAGGAAAGGAUGUUCCCAGGAGGACCACAACGGACACUCUGCCAGCAGAAAUGAUUAUAUCCCUGCAAUUGCAAGUAAGCCCAAGAUUCCCCGUACACCUGACACAGCAACCAACCAGAACAGUGCUCACCGGGGUAGAGGCCUGGCCCUGGCUCCCCAGUUCUCACAGUCUGAGCCGCAGCAGAGCAGCCGGCCUGGCUCUGCCAGCUCCACAGGAGGAGGCGGGAAUGGAAGCAGGCAAUCAAAGAGGAGGUGAGGAGGGAGCUGUCACCACGAGGUAGCACUAUCUUCCCAGGAGCAUCGGGCUUCCUGUAACAUCAUCCAACCAGGUUACGAUCAGGGUCAAACAGAGACGGUCGAGGCUUAGUGGCAAGAGGAGGAGCAGGACUGGGUGGAACAAUGUCUAGGAUUGUGGUUCUGCAUUUAGGGGUUUUUUUCUCUCUUUUCGCCCUUCGGCUUCAGCGCAGACUACUUCUGUAACCUGAUAUGACGUUGGACAAUAAACACAACCCACAGUCAUGCGACUCUGGGCACCUGACAGUCUCUGUUGGCCCUGAGUUUCUGCAGUUUCUCCUCAAGGUGAUACAAAAUGUGUGCGACACCCUCCGACUACGGCAGAAUUUAUUUGUAACAAGAUUCAGGUGUUUUAACUUCAAAGUCUAGUAUCGCUCUGAGUUGGGACAGAAUACGAUAACGCUCCUCUCUCUUGCUCUUACUCAAUCCUACUUGCUUACUUGGCAUGUUCACUACUUGAGUGGGGAUUCCCCAAUGUGCCUCUUUUUGUGGAUAAAUUGUCAUCAUUUCGGACACAAGCUCAAGAUUUCAGAUCAAACACAGCCAGGGCUGCGAGAGGGAGGAGGAUUGGAGCUUAAAAAUUACAGCAGAGACAUUUUUAUCGCUUAAACACCAUUGCAAAGAGCAGCACAAGAGCCGGUACUGAAAGUUCUCAUCUCGAAUUUGUAAAUCAAUAAUCGUCGUGAAUUUCACAAUGUGCUGUAUUGAUUUUUAACUAUGGUGGAAGAUGUCUGUCCACAUGAAUAAAUUAUUAUACAAGCUGUGUUUCAAAUGUAAAACAUUACCACAAAUGCAUAGCUCUUUGUGGCAGCUCCUGUUUCGCAGAUGCUAUAAAAGAUUGUACAAGAAAGCCCUAGAGCCCUAGAGUCCUAGUAUGACUGUGCAUGUUUUUAAAUGAUAUCCAGAACUUUUCACUUCCAACACACAGGUAGCAUGUACACUAUAAUUGAGGGGGGGAAAAAAACAACUUGAAUUUGUGUUAAUGUCGUAAAUUCAGCUUUAGUUGCUUGUCUAUUUGCACCGUUUGCUGUGUGGUUAUGUGUAUUUAUGGUGAGACAUUUCUGUUGCAGUGCAUUUUCACUGUUAAUAUUCUUUCAAGCAGUUUUAAAUAAAUGUGUGACGAGUCACCAGUUUGCAAAAUCA